ACUCGCUGCCGGUGGGCGGGAGACAUGGAUCGCGGCGAGCAAGGUCUACUGAGAACAGACCCAGUGCCCGAGGAAGGAGAUGUUGCUGCCACUAUCCGUGCCACUGAGACCCUAUCAGAGGAGGAGCGAGAAGAGCUAAGAAGAGAACUUGCUAAGGUAGAAGAAGAAAUCCAGACUCUGUCUCAAGUGUUAGCAGCAAAAGAGAAGCACCUAACAGAGAUCAAGCGGAAACUUGGGAUCAGUUCACUACAGAAACUAAAACAGAACAUUGCCAAAGGGUGGCAAGAUGUGACAGCCACGUCUGCGUACAAGAAGACCUCUGAAACCUUAUCUCAGGCUGGACAGAAGGCUUCAGCUGCUUUUUCAUCUGUUGGAUCAGUCAUCACCAAAAAGCUGGAAGAUGUAAAAACCUCCCCAACUUUCAAAUAAUUUGAGGAAAGGGUUGAAAACUUAAAGUCUAAAGUAGGGGGAACCAAGCCUGCUGGUGGUGAUUUUGGAGAAUUCUUGAAUUUGACUGCAAACGCUAGUUCCACCACCACGGAGCCUCUUCCAGAAGAGACACAGGAGAGCCUGUGAGAUUCCACCUUUGUUCUGCUACUCACUGCCAGAUGCUGCAAGCGAGAUCCAAGCACAUCUUAUCAAUAUUCAUUGCCAUGAAUUUCUACCAGAUGUGCUUUUGUUGAGCUUUACAUAUUCCUUCGACCAAAUAAUUUGUGGGUUGAACAACGUAAAAAUAU